AUGGAAGUAACGGCUGUCCUUCUUUCUUUCCUAACGCUCUUCACCUUCAACCUCCUUUUCUCUUCUUCUUACGCCCAAACUCACAGCACCCUCACUUUAUCUGAGAUCCGAGCGCUGACGUCAUUCAAACGGAGCGUUUUCAGCGACCCACUUGGCUCUCUCGAUGGCUGGGACGACUCGACACCGUCAGCUCCCUGCGACUGGCGUGGCAUUGUCUGUUACAACCACCGUGUCCGCGAGCUCCUCUUGCCUCGUCUUCAACUCGGUGGCCAACUCACUGAUCAGUUAAACAACCUACGUGAGCUACGCAAGUUAAGCCUCCAUUCUAACAACUUUAUCGGCUCCAUCCCUGACUCUCUCUCUCAGUGCGCUCUCUUACGCGCGGUUUACUUCCAGUACAAUUCCUUCUCCGGGAAACUGCCGCCUUCCAUUUUCAACCUCACCAACUUACAAGUCCUGAAUAUAGCUCAUAACUAUCUCUCCGGUAGAAUCACCGCCGUAAUUGCGCCGUCCCUUCGGUACCUGGACUUAUCCUCGAACGAUUUCUCGGGGGAAAUACCGUCGAAUUUCUCGGUCCAGUCUCAACUACAACUCAUCAACUUCUCAUACAACCGGUUUUCCGGUGAAGUUCCGGCGGGCAUCGGAAAUUUCCAACAACUGGAGUACCUCUGGCUCGACUCGAACCAGUUGUACGGCACGUUGCCUUCGGUUAUUGCAAACUGUUCUUCUUUGGUGCAUUUUAGCGCUGAAGACAACCAGCUUAAAGGAUUACUUCCGGGAAGUAUCGUCGCGGUUCCGAAUCUUGAAGUGCUUGCAUUAUCGCGUAACGGACUCUCCGGCCCGGUUCCUGAAACCAUUUUCUGUACAUCACCGGGGAGCAGAACGGCGUCGUUGAGGAUUGUUCAGCUGGGAUUCAAUGAGUUCACGAAACUUGUUAAGCCGCGAAAUAAUGGAAGUUGUGAUUCGGUUAUGGAGGUUUUGGACUUUAACGAGAAUCACAUCCAUGGCGAGUUUCCAUCUUGGUUGACCAGUUUGACCACGUUGAGAAUUUUGGAUUUUUCUGGAAACUUCUUUACUGGCUUACUACCGGUCGAAAUCGGAAACCUUUUCAACUUGCAAGAACUUAGAGUGGCCAACAACUCUCUAAACGGUUCGGUCCCUAAUCAACUCGUUCAAUGCAGUUCGUUAAAGGUGGUUGAUUUUGAAGGAAACCAGUUUUCUGGUAAAUUACCGGCCUUUUUAAGUCAACUGAGGAGCUUGAAAAGCAUAUCUUUGGGAAGAAAUCUAUUUUCCGGUUCAAUUCCGUUUGGGUUUGGGAACAUUUCAGGACUUGAAAUGCUGAACUUGAGUGGAAAUAACUUGACCGAGACUGUGCCGGGAGAUAUAAUUCAGUUGGGCAAUUUAACAACUUUAAACCUCAGUCACAACAAAUUUUCUGGGGGAAUUCCUAAAUGGUUGUCAGAUUUAUCUAGUUUAGUGGUUUUAAAUUUAAGUGCUUGCGGAUUUUCAGGGAAGAUUCCUGGAACUAUAGGGAGUUUGAUGAAAUUAAAAUCUCUUGAUUUGAGUAAGCAGCAGCUUUCCGGGGAGUUGCCUAUUGAACUUUUUGGGUUGCCAAGUUUGCAGGUCAUUGCUUUAGAAGAAAACAGGAUAUCUGGUGAUGUUCCUGAAGGUUUUAGCAGCUUGGUUGGUUUAAAAUCCUUGAAUCUUAGCUCCAAUGAAUUCACUGGUCGGAUUCCAAGCACCUAUGGUUUCUUGCACUCAUUAGUUGUGCUUUCCUUGUCCCACAAUCGAGUUUUGGGUACGAUACCGGUGGAGCUUGGUAAUUGUUCUGAUCUUGAAGUGCUUCAGCUUCGUUCGAAUCGAUUGAAGGGCAACGCGCCAGGUGAUUUCUCUCGGUUGUCUCAUUUAAAAGAGCUUGAUUUGAGUUCCAAUAAGUUAGAUGGUGAAAUCCCAGAGCAAAUUUCCAAGUGCUCCUCCAUGACUACUUUGUUGUUAGAUGGAAAUCAGUUCUCAGGUACCAUACCAGGUUCAUUGUCAAAUUUGUCCAACUUAACAAGUUUGAAUCUUUCUUCGAACAGAUUGAGUGGAUAUAUUCCAUUAAGUUUUUCAAGCAUGUGUAGUUUGAAGUACUUUAAUUUGUCGAGAAACAAUCUCAGGGGUGAGAUUCCGAAAGCAAUCGGUUCUCGGUUCAAUGAUGCUUCUCUGUUUUCAAAUAAUGCAGAACUAUGUGGUAUGCCAUUAAGAGAAUGUGCAAAUGAAAGAAAUAGAAACAAGAGAAAACUGAUUCUAUUGAUUGCUAUGGUUGUUGGCGGGGCUUGCAUUUUUGCAUUGUUUUGUUGUGGAUAUAUUUACAGCCUUAUACGGUGGUGGCAGAAGCUGAGAGGAUGGGCAACUGGGGAGAAGAAGAGGAGUCCGGCUCAUGCAUGUUCAGGAGCUGGCCGGAGCCAUGGAAGUGGUGAAAAUGGAGGUCCGAAACUAGUUAUGUUCAAUAACAAGAUAACUCUAUCGGAGACGCUCGAAGCGACGAGGCAAUUUGAUGAGGAAAAUGUCCCGAGUCGGGGAAGAAAUGGACUUGUUUUCAAGGCAACGUUUCAAGAUGGAAUGGUUCUAUCUAUCCGUCGACUCGUCGAUGGGUCGAUUGAUGAAGCUACCUUUAGAAAAGAAGCCGAAUUGCUUGGGAAGGUAAGGCAUCGAAACAUAACAGUCCUAAGGGGAUACUAUGUGGGCCCUCCCGAUCUAAGACUCCUUGUUUAUGACUACAUUCCUAAUGGGAACCUAGCUACCCUCCUCCAAGAAGCAUCUCAACAAGAGGGACAUAUGCUCAACUGGCCAAUGCUUCAUCUGAUUGCCCUUGGCAUUGCUCGUGGCCUAGCAUUUUUACACUCUUUAUCGAUCGUUCACGGUGAUGUCAAACCACAAAACGUCCUCUUCGAUGCCGAUUUCGAAGCUCAUUUAUCCGAAUUCGGACUCGAGAAACUCAUAAUAGCAACCCCAGCAGAAGCUUCGUCGUCUUCAACCCCGGUUGGCAGUCUAGGUUACGUAGCACCAGAAGCUGUUAUAACAGGUGAACCGACCAAAGAAGCCGAUGUGUACAGCUUCGGGAUCGUACUGUUGGAAAUCCUUGCCGGAAGAAAACCGGUUAUGUUUAACCAAAACGAGGACAUUGUGAAAUGGGUGAAGAAGCAAUUGGAGAAAGGGCAGAUCUCGGAGUUGCUGGAGUCGGGGCUGCUUGAGUUAGACCCUGAAUCAUCAGAGUGGGAAGAGUUCUUGUUAGGGGUCAAAGUGGGACUCCUUUGCAUAGCAUCCGAGCCACUUGAUAGGCCAGCCAUGGCGGACAUCGUUUUCAUGUUGGAAGGAUGCAGAGUUGGACCAGAGAUUCCAUCUUCACCUGAUCCAACCUCUCUACCUUCCCCAGAUUGA